AUGGACUACCAAGAGGAACAGAAGCAGGAGUUGGAGAUUUUGGAGUCGAUAUACCCGGAUGAAUUGACGGUUUUGCAAGCAGAGUAUCCAGGCAUUCAGCUGCAGAUCGAUGUGACGGUGGACCCAGUGCCGAUGGAGAACUCGUCAUAUACGGUGGAUUCGAUUUCGAACAGGCAUAUUUUGCAUGUGAGGUUUACGUUGCCCGACAAUUACCCAGAUGAGGCACCUGUGAUUGAUAUUGAGCCCGAAGAAGUGCCAAAGUUUAACAGAGGAGAUGGGAGCGAUGAGGAAGAAGAGGAGGAAAACGAAGUGGAAUACGACGACCAUGGGAACCCUAUAGUGUCAGACUUUGAGAACUUGCCCGAUAAGAUCCACUUUGACGAGUUUGUGGAGGAGUGCGUAGAGAAGUUGAACUUGCAAGUGGAGGAAGACAUGCUUCUUGGGAUGCAGAUGUGUUUUGCGUUGGUGUCGAAUAUCAAGGAUGCAGCCGAGCAGUGGUUCCAGGAAAGGUUGAGCGAGUUGGAGAAGGAGCACGACAGAAUGCUACUGGAGAAGGAGCAAGAGGAGCAGAAGAAGUUUAGGGGCACGAAGGUGACGAGGGAGACGUACUUAGCAUGGAGAUCGAAGUUUAGAGAGGAGUUCGGGUUAGACGAAAGAGAUGCGCAGAGACGGCUACAGGCGCACCAGGGGAGGUUGUCUGGUAGACAGAUUUUCGAGCAAGGGCUUGCUGGGGACGAAGACAUGGCCGAGGACGAGGAGUCUGUUGUAUCGGAGGGAGUCAAGGCUCUUGCUGUGUGA